UUUUUAUAGGUUAUGUUACCAAUGUGUACAAAAACUGACUCCAGUCUCCACAUGCGGGCAUGUGUUGGAGAGUUGAGCAGGCGAUAUAUGCCGGGCUGCACCAAACGAAAAACCACGUGGGUUAUUUUUCGCAAAUUGCCAUGUACAAUUGUAAUUUUAGUUAAUCAUGUUAUAAUAAUGCCAGAUUUUGAAAACACUUAUUUUAAACAUCAAAUAAAAACUUAAAAGUUUACAUCUUAUUUAUAUACAUAUAUACAUAUAUAUAUACACACUGCGAAGAAGAACAAUGGGUCUUACCAAACAAUAUUUGAGAUACGUUCCUGGAGGAAAUAUAAAUUUAAUAGCUGAUAGUAAUUGUAACAUAGUAUUUGUAACAUUAGAAGGUCAGGAAGGAAGAUUUGUAGCUGUUGGUGCUUGUGAACAUGUUUACAUUUGGGAUCUUCGUCUUGGAGAAAAAGUGCAAGUAUUAUCUGGUGAAAAAGCUAAUGUAACAUGCUUAGCUGCUUCUCCCAAUAAAAGGCAGAUAGCUGCAGGCUAUGAUGAUGGCUCUGUGAAGACUUUUGACUUGCGUUCGGCUGAAAAUGUGAGUGUAUUUGUUGGACAUCACUCUGAAGUCACAUCCCUGGCAUAUGAUCAUUUAGGACAUCAUUUAGUAUCAGGAUCAAAGGAUACGGAUAUCAUUGUUUGGGACGUUGUUGCAGAAAAUGGAAUAUGUAGAUUAGUGGGACAUAAAGGUGUUAUAACUAAAGUUGCCUUUAUGCGUGAUCAUAACAUUGUCAUUAGUUCUAGUAAAGAUACAUUUAUAAAAUUCUGGGACCUUGACAAUGAGCAUAAUUUUAAAACUCUUAUAGGUCAUCGUUCCGAGGUUUGGGGAUUUACAUUAGUUAAAGAUGACGAGUAUUUGGUAUCCGGAUGCAAUGAUCGUGAAUUGCAUAUAUGGAAAAUUUAUUUUACUGAUGCUCUAAAAUCAGACGGUAAUAUUGAAUUACCUAAUUUAGCCAUAGAAGAUGAUGGCGAUGAAGCAGACAUGAAAUACCCAUUGCGUUGUGUUAAAAUUGGCAAUAUCGUGAGGGUAGGCAAAGGACGAAUAAAUUCAUUAACAGCAGAUUACAGUGGACAAAUUGUUGGAUGUCAUGGUACUGACAAUACAGUAGAGUUAUUCCACUUUUUACCUGAAGAUCAAAUUAAAACGAAAAAAUCAAAACGUUUGGAUAAAUUAAAAAAGAAAGCAGCUUCUGAUGAGAAGAUAAAAGAGAAACUACAGGAAGCUGAAUUAGAUACAAUCUUAAGGGAUCAAAUUAACAGACUCUCAGUUAUAAAAGUUUCUGCCAAAGCAAAAGCACUAGAUCUUAUUAUGGGACGAGGAGAUGAACUUAGAAUAUGUACAAAUGUAAGCAACAACACAAUUGAGCUCCAUUCCUUAGCAGUCACAGAAAAAACUGCUGAACCACAACUCCUUCGAACAUUAAGUUCUCAUGGUCAUCGAACUGAAGUUAGAGCAGUUUGUUUUAGUUCAGAUAAUUUAGCAUUUGCUACCGUUAGUGGAGACUCUGUAAAAUUAUGGAACAGACCUACGCUAACAUGCUUAAGAACAGUGGAAUGUGGAUAUGCAUUAAGUCUUACAUUUGUACCUGGUGAUAGACAUUUAAUUGUUGGUUUGAAGAGUGGAAAAAUGCUAAUUAUAGACAUUGCAGCAGGUGACAUUUUAGAAGAAAUACCAGCUCAUGAAAAUGAAUUAUGGAGCGUUACUCUAUUGCCAACUUUGAAAGGUGUUGUCAGUGGUGGGGGAGAUAAGACCGUAAAAUUUUGGCAAUUCGAGCUUGUUGAAGAUCCUGAAAGUGAAAGCAAAGCUAAAGUACUUUCUGUAAUUCACUAUAAAACUUUAAAACUGGAAGAAAGUGUACUUUGCGUCAGAAUAAGUCCUAAUAAUAGAUUUGUAGCUGUUGCAUUGUUAGAUUCAACAGUAAAGAUCUUUUUUCUUGAUACAUUCAAAUUCUUUGUAUCUUUAUAUGGCCACAAAUUACCAGUUUUAUGCAUGGAUAUUUCCAGUGAUUCUGCAUUAAUUGCAACUGGCUCAGCCGAUCGUAACAUUAAAAUUUGGGGUUUAGAUUUUGGCGAUUGUCAUAAAUCAUUAUUCGCACAUGACGAUUCUGUAACAGGAAUUGCGUUUGUGCCAAAAACUCAUUACCUAUUUACUUGUGGAAAAGACGGAAAAGUUAAGGAAUGGGAUGCUGAUAAUUUCCAAAAAAUCGUUACAUUACAAGGUCACACUGGACAAGCAUAUAACUGUGCCGUAUCACCUAACGGAGUUUACGCUGCUUCUUGUGGUUCCGACAAAGUAAUACGUAUUUACGAAAAAAGUUCAGAAAUUUUAGUUCUAGAGGAUGAAGCAGAAGAGGAAAGAGAAAAACAAGAAAAUGAAUUAGUAACAGGCGAAACAACAGCGGUUCAAGGUCAAAAAAAUCAAAUUUUACCCACUCGUAAAACAGUUAACAGUGAAAAAGCGGCUGAGUUAAUCCUCGAGUGUUUGGACAUAUGCAAAGCGUACAAAGAAGAAUGUUCAACUGUUGUACCACCCAAUCCAAUGCCACCAUUACCAUUAUUAAUGCAAGCAUACAAGUGCAAUACUGUCGAAGAAUUUUUAUUGGAAACCAUCAAGAGAGUUCGCGCAAGCGAUUUCGACGAAGCUCUAUUUUUACUGCCGUAUUCGGCUGCGUCUGAAAUUCUGAGGAUGUUACCGAGUCUAUUGAAAAGUCAAUAUCAAGCAGAAAUCGUAGCAAAAUUAACAUUGAGUUUAAUUCAAGCACAUCAUGGACCAAUUAUCGCCAGUCAAGAACUUCUACCUCAAAUUGAAGAAAUUAAAUCUCUUGCUCUACAACAAGUUUCGUCGUUGAGAGAUACCCUUGGAUUCAAUCUAUACGGAAUGGCUUAUAUGCAACGUGCAAUUGAAGAAAAUGAGGGAAUUCAGCUGUUUAAAGAGGCUACGAAAACUCAAAAGAAGAAAAACAGCAAGCGGAAAAACAAGGAAAAAGCUCUGAAAAGAGCUAUUAUGACUUUAUGAAUUUUGUAAAAAAAAAAAAUACUUUUUAUGACACAUGCAUGAAAAACGCCACUUUCCAUGCAUCUAAGAUGAAUAAAAAAUCGAGUUUCUCUUAGCAGCGGGAGGAAAAAAUGUUUUCCUCCCUAGGGAGUAGUUUUUUCCACAAACGUUUAGUCCUCGAAUUUCCUAUUCCAUUCAAAUGCAUGGAGUGGCAUAUUCAUGCACUUAUCACGAAAAGUACGGUGUAGAAUAAGGGGGAGUGGCUUUUUCAGACUCGGGUGAUGUUUCGCGUACGAGUGGGAGUCGAGGGCGCCGUAGGCCCUCGCUAGAAAAAGCCAAAUUUCCCCCCUGGUUGCGCGCCAUACUAUUUUACUUGUAAAUAAUAAUAACUAUUAUUACUAUUACUACUAUACUGAAAUAUUGAUUUUUGUUUAAGAAUAUUCAUAAAAAAAAGUUAAGACUAUCUUUCAUAGACUAAAAA